UGGCGGGAGCUGCGCCGCGGUUGUUGCGGGUUCCAUCUUAGUGGGAGUGUAUUCUGCUGAUAAAGAUGCUGAAGUUUAAAUAUGCAACACCACAUCCUGUGGAACUGGGCACAGUGGAACCUAUUGCCAGCCGUGCUUCUCGACUUAACCUGCUUCUUCAGGGGAAGUUAUCAUCUCUUGCACAACAGCAGAUGUCUCCGUUCUCAAGAGAAGGCAUUCUGGACUCCCUUAUGGUGCUUUAUGAGGAAUGCAACAAUCCUCUUCUAAUGAAAAUGAAGCACGUGGGCAAUUUUAUUAAAAAGCAUUCAGAUUCGAUAGCAGAGUUCCGGGAACUUCAGCCCAGCUUGAAAGAUUUUGAAGUCCGGAGUCUGGUAGGAUGUGGUCAUUUUGCGGAAGUCCAGGUUGUGAAAGAAAAGGCAACCAGUGACAUUUAUGCUAUGAAGGUGAUGAGCAAGGAGACUCUGUUGGCAAAAGAUCAG